AUGGCCACACUCGACGAGAGCCUGGUCACCUUCCUCAAGUCGCAUGCACCUAACAAUGCCGGCGCCGAGACGGAUGCUGUCAAGGCCUCGCAGGCUCUCUAUCCCCAAGUCACCUAUACCGACGCCGAGAAAACUGAACUCAGCCAAUGGCUCAUCACUGCAUCACACAUAGCCUCGCCUUCUGAAGAUGCCGCCAAAUCUGCCGAGCGCCUCUCAUCCCUCAACACACACCUCUCAAGCCGAACCACCCUCCUCGGCGCAAAGCCCUCAAUCGCAGAUAUCGCCAUCUACCACAAACUCGCACCCGUCGUCUCCAAGUGGAGUGCAGAGGAGAGGACUGGAGAGCAGGGAUACCACCACCUUGUCCGCCAUGUCGACUUUGUCCAGAACUCGCCUGUCUUUGGCCUGAAGCUGGAUGACAAGGUCAACAUCGACCAGGACAACGUCGUCUUCAAGAUCAAGCCUGUAGACGCAAAGGCCGAAAAGGAGCGCAAGAAGAAGGAGAAGGAGGCGGCUGCGGCGAGCGCUGCUGCUUCAGGCGCCACACCUACAACUCUGACUGGCGACCAGAGCCAAGGUGGACAAGGAGGUCAGGGCGGCAAGAGCAAAGCGGAAAAGGCCAAGGGCAAAACAGAGGCUGCUGGAUCUGCCGUCGCAUCAGCAGUUGUGGGCAACGCUGCAGGAGCCUCUGCACCUGGUGGCGUUCCAGAAGGUGCCCCGACGGAAAAGAAGAAGAAGGAAAAGAAGGAAAAGCAGCCUAAGCCUCAGAAAGCCGCACCAGUCGAGAAGCCCCUCUCCCCCGCCCUCAUCGACCUGCGCGUAGGCCACAUCCUCAAGGCCGAAACCCACCCCAACGCCGACUCGCUCUACGUCUCCACCAUCGCUUGCGGCGACGCUCCCGGCACAGACAACACGUCCGAGUACGAGGGCCAAGUUGUGCGCACAGUGUGCUCCGGUCUCAACGGCCUGAUUCCCCUCUCAGAAAUGCAGAACCGUAAGAUCGUAGCCGUGUGCAACCUGAAGCCCGUCACCAUGCGCGGUGUCAAGAGUUGCGCCAUGGUGCUCGCUGCAUCACCGAGAGUUGCAGAGGGUGAGGACAGCCACAAGGGACCUGUCGAGCUGGUAGAUCCUCCCAAGGAGAGCAAAGCUGGCGACAGGGUAUACUUUGAGGGCUGGGAGGGUGAGCCGGAGCCUGUGCUCAACCCGAAGAAGAAGGUCUGGGAGAUGAUCCAGCCCGGCUUCACUACAACCGAUGGCCUGGAAGUUGGAUUCGAUGUCGGCGUUGUGCCACAGUUGAGCGGCGAAGGCCCGGAUAAGAAGACGGGUGUAGCCAAGUUGAGGACUGCGGCGGGGCUGUGUAGCAUCCCAACUCUGAAGGGAGGUGUUGUGCGGUAAACAUGUUUCUUCUGUGCUACAAGAGAGCAAGAAGGGAUACAGUGCUUUGGACAAUACAAAUAGUACUCUGUGAUAUCGCGGCUAAGCUACUACAAUGCAUGUCUUAGAUUUAGAGACAUACAAGUAGACCUGAGGCACGCCAGCAUAUCCAAACUACACAAACAGA